AUGGAGAUGGAAGAUGAAGAAAAGCGGAGUUGUCAAUUCCAGACCGAUAUACGAGUCCGGCCCAAGAAACCCGCGGGAUUGCCCAAGAUCACCCGGAGCAGCAGCGCCCCAUUCUGGACGAUGCCGUCUCUCAUUGUUGAACUGGCUUCUGAAGAGGCAGGAAAUUCUAACCAAUGGGGUAGGAACAUCGAAGGGCUCGAGGUUCUCUACAGCACCAAUACCAUUUCUAUCGACUCCCCGAUCCUCCUGAAUGGUCUUCAGGAUAUUCUAUCGCCAGAAAAGCUCUCCCUCCUCACGUCUCUCGAAAUCACCAUCACUCAUAUACUUCAUCCGUCUUACUUCUUCGAGGGCCUUUACAACGACACUCAUCUAAAACAGGGAUCUAUCUUAUUCCCAUCAAUGAAACAGCUACAUUUCGUCAUUGACCAUCAUCGGUACCCUGCUUUGUAUUGUAACGUUGUCAACUACGCUAUAUUGUAUGCCUUAGUGGGACGGCUAGUGUUUCCGGGAACCGAAGUCAUCAUUUCUUGCGGCGGCAAGCGAGAAUAUUUGGCUUAUAGCGAACGUCCAUAUGGCGAAUGUUGGGAGGCUGAAAACACCUCGUCAUAUGAAGUUUUUGAAUAG